AUGAGGACACUCGUGUUGUUCUCCUGGUUAGUGACAUGUGGAACUCUUGGCGUGGAAUCAAUAAACCUUACUGGUAUCACUGAUAUAAACACGUUAUUAAACGAUAUUAUCGGCGCAUUGGAUAAGUCAGAUUUCGAUAUUUCAUGCACAAUGAACAACCUGCUUAACUUUACUGCUAUAAAUGUUAAUGAAGAUAUACAUCUCAACAUCACUCAGUUAAUAACCAAGUACAACUAUCCAGUAGAAGAACAUCAUCUUACUACGAAAGAUGGUUACAUACUCACCAUCAUAAGAAUGCCGAACAGUGGACCGCCGGUGUAUCUGAUGCACGGACUCCUGUCAUCUGCUGAUGACUUCGUGACAAUUAACCUGCCAAACUCUAUAGCAUAUAACCUCUGGUUAGAUGGUUAUGACGUAUGGAUGGGUAAUGCGAGAGGAAACAAAUAUUCGAGAAAGCACGUCACUUUAGAUCCUGAUACUGAUAAGGAAUUCUGGGACUUCAGCUGGGACGAGAUAGGUCAGAUAGAUCUGCCAACUACAAUUGAUUAUAUUUUAGAAGAGACGGGUGCAUCCCAGGUUAUUUACGCAGGUCAUUCUCAAGGUACAACUGCAUACUUUGUCAUGUGCUCCGAAAAAUCCGAGUAUAACGAAAAGGUCGCCCUGAUGAUUUCGCUGUCUGCUGUGGCGUACGUUUCGCACAUGAAGAGUCCAUUGGCACGACUGUUGGCGCCAAUUAGUACAGAAGUUGAACUUCUUUCGCAAUUAUUUGGCGUCAAUGAAGUGCUACCCAGCAAUACAUUUACCAACACUUUCACCACUGUUUUGUGCAGCGAACCAAAUCUUGCAUAUUUGGUCUGCUCUAACAUAAUUUACAUGUUAUGCGGUUUUGACUGCGAACAAACCGAUUUAAGUGCUUUGCCAGUUUUAUACGGACAUAUUCCUUCCGGCGCGGCUACGAAGCAGAUGUUGCACUAUCUUCAAGAGAUUGAUUCUGGUAAAUUCCGAAAAUAUGAUUAUGGUAUCUUGAAGAAUUUAGAAGUUUACGGAACAAAUGCACCACCAAACUACAAUUUGAGCAAAGUAACUUCUCCCAUAGCAAUAUUUUACGGUGACAAUGACUGGUUUUCAAAUUUCACUGAUGUAAAAAUUCUGAUAAAUGAGCUGCCUAAUGUGGUAGACGUCUAUGAAGUGCCUUUUGCUAAGUUUAAUCACAUGGAUUUUUUAUACGCCAAAGACUUAAAAACCCUGGUGUACUCAAGAAUGGCGAAAUUAAUUAAAACUUACUCAUCAAAUGCAAAGCGUUAA